AGAAGGGCUUGAUGUUGUGACACCCCACGUGUGUUCUGCACGAGAAUAAAUAGCACACACUGGAGAGAACAUACGGCCGAAAGCACUUCAGCCUGUUAGACACCAAAAUGCUGAAUUUCAGCGGUUUCCUGCUUCAGCACUUCGUGUCAGUGAGAUUUGAUUCGCGGGUGACUGACAUAAUGAUAUAAUGCGAAAUGUCUGGAUGACCUUCUCAUCGGAAGCACUGGGAAUGACAAGGUCUCCAGUUUUCCAGUUUUACUUCAGGCAGCUGGAAUCCGCAAACCAUUAAGCGACUCUUAGGUGCAAACCGACACGGACGAAUGCCUUAAACAUUAUUGUCAUAAUUUGUCAUGAUGGACUGUCUAUCACGCAGUGCUUACUGGCCUCUUAUUCGCUUUCUGCUGCCGCUAGCCAUUACUAAUAUAGCCAUCGACUUCGGAGAACAGGCACUAAACAGGGGCAUCGCUUCUGUGAAAGAGGACAGGGUUGAGAUGUUGGCCAGUUAUGGUCUGGCAUACUCGCUUAUGAAGUUCUUCACUGGACCCAUGAGCGACUUCAAAAAUGUGGGACUCGUGUUUGUCAACAGUAAGAAGGAGAGAACCAAGGCGGUUCUCUGUAUGGUUGUGGCUGGGGUCAUUGCCAUCAUCCUCCACAUCCUAAUAGCUUACACAGAUCUGGGCUACUACAUCAUAAAUAAGCUCCACCAUGUGGAUGAUUCAGUAGGAAACAAGACGAGAAAGGCAUUCCUGUACCUCGCAGUAUUUCCAUUAUUAGAUGCUAUGGCAUGGAUUCAUGCUGGAAUCCUCCUGAAGCACAAGCACAGCCUGCUAGUGGGAUCUGCCUCCAUCUCUGAUGUUGUUGCACAGAUAAUAUUAGUGGCGAUUCUUCUCCAGAGUAAUCUGGAAUGUUUAGAGCCUCUUCUUAUUCCCAUUCUGUCUCUGUACAUGGGAGCUCUGGUGCGGUUCACUAUCGUGGGACUGGGUUACUACUGUAAUGUCCAUGACAACAUUCCUGAGUCAAGCAGCCUCGAACAGGGAGGCGAUAUCACCAUAAAGAAGAUGCUUAAUUUCUGGUGGCCACUUGCCCUCAUUUUGGCCACUCAGCGCAUCAGCAGGCCCAUUGUCAAUCUGUUUGUCUCUCGGGAUCUCAAAGGCAGCGCCACAUCAACUGAAGCGGUAGCAGUACUCACAGCAACAUAUCCGGUUGGUCAUAUGCCCUAUGGGUGGUUAACAGAAAUGCGUGCCAUCUAUCCAGCUUUCGAUAAGAAUAACCCUACUAAUAAGUUAGCCAGUGGUCUGACUGUCACCAAAUCACAUAUCAAGAGGUUCACACUUUGCUGUUUUCUCCUCUCCUUAACGAUGUGUUUCAUUGUAUUCUGGACCCCUCAUGUUUCUGAACGCAUCCUGGUGGAUGUCAUUGGGGUGGACAUGGCCUUUGCACAUCUCUGUAUCAUUCCACUGAGAGUCUUUUCCUUCUUCCCUGUGCCUGUUACAGUUCGAGCUCAUCUGACAGGCUGGUUAAUGACGUUGAAGAGAACUUGUGUGCUGGCACCUAGUUCAGUCCUGCGCAUCGCUGUGCUCAUCACCAGCCUUCUAGUGCUGCCGUACAUGGGAGUGCAUGGUGCCACACUGGGAGUGGGGUCUUUAUUAGCAGGAUUCAUGGGGGAGUCCACCAUGGUCGCAGUGGCUGCCUGUUACGUAUACCGAAAACAGAAGAAAACCCCAGAAGCAGAAAUGGUUGUGGAGGACAACUCUUCCCCGAUGAAUGAAGUCACCUCCAGGACAGAGUUAGAUGUCAUUGAAGAGGCUGAGAAUGAGCAGAUGGAAACAGAAGAUGAAUGAAUCUAGGAAUGAAAAAAAAAAAAACAAAGUGGAAGAUGCACAUUUUCCUUUCAUUUGCAGUACAAUGUCUUGGUUUUUUGACAACGAGAGUCUAACUAGUACUAGUACUUUAUCAUUAUAUAAUUAUUAUUAGUAUUUUUUUCUACAAUCUCGCCGUUACCCCAGUGGGACUGUCAGAUUGAUCGAUGCUUGUUUGGGGUAGUAGAAGCAGAUUUGCAUGUCUACAUGAAAUGCACUCCUGCAAUUUUUUGCACUGAGGCAUAUUUACACAGAUGUCUUUCAAAGAUCCUGUUCUGCAGCCUGUUAACAUUUUUGCCAAAAAUAGACCCUUAACAAUCAGAAAAAAAAAAAAAA